AUGGGGGUUUCUCAAAGGCGCAGAAGCUCCACACGACGUCCUGGCCGAGGUUCUUAUUUCUUUGCAGGAACUUUGCUGCUACUUUCUUUUGUCGCAGCGAAGGGUUGCCCGAAGAUUUGCCACUGCUCAGACAGGAGCGGCAUGGUGGUACAGUGCACCUCGCGCAACCUGGAGGACAUCCCGGCCAACCUGCCGAGGGACACUGUUGUCCUCUUGCUGUCGUCAAACCGGAUCAGGCACAUCCCGAAGGAGGCCUUCGCAGACCUGCAGCGCCUCAGGGAGCUGGAUUUAUCGCACAACUUGCUCGAAAGCGUGGACGACGACUCCUUCCUGGGAGUUUUGGACAGCCUGCGGACCUUGGAUCUUUCCAAUAACCAGCUCAGCGGACUCCCAAGGGGAACCUUCACCAAGCUGCACGCCCGGAUCCGCCUCUCCAACAACCCCUGGCACUGCGAGUGCUCCCUCCAGGAGGUCUUAAGGGAACUGAGGAUGGAUCCGGAGACGGUCAACGAGGUCAGCUGCCACACAUCCGUGCAGGAGGAGUACGUGGGACAGCCGGUGAUCCAGGUCUUGGACUCGGGCAUCAACUUUUGCAAUUUCCACCAUAAAACAACGGAUGUGGCCAUGUUCGUAGCAAUGUUCUGCUGGUUCUUCAUGGUAACGGCUUACAUUGUCUAUUAUAUCAAACACAACCAGGAGGAUGCCAGGAGGCACAUGGAGUACCUAAAGUCGUUGCCCAGUAUGUCCCAUAUCAGCAAGGACUACGACACGGCCAGCAGUGUGUUUUAG